GCCAUGACACGAAGGAACCAGAGACUGCGAGUUAUGAGAGGCUUGUAUUCAGAAAUGCCUCUGAUUAUCAUUACAUGAAGAUCUCACUAUUGGAGCAGCCUUACCGUUUGAUGUUUUAAAAUUUGAAGAGAACACCUUAUCUGCAGUGCUGAGAGUAUACAGCAGGUCACACCAUUUCUUUUAGCUUUGUCUGGUAACAGCAGAGAACUAAAGCUUGACUAAACUGCAUGCGAGUUCAAGAGACCCCGCCAUGACCUUUACUUGUAAAGGACUGAACUUUAGAAGUUUAUAUUGCCUCUCGCAGAGGCUUCACCCAGCACAGCUCAGAGUUUCCAGAGACACAUUACAGUUACAGAACCUUCACCAGAGACACAUCCAUGUUGGGGACAGAGCCGAACUUACCAAGGCUUUUACAAAGAGUGAUAUUACAGCAUUCUCUGAGUUAACCGGCGAUGCAAACCCGCUUCACCUGGAUGAUGAUUUUGCCAGAACAACUCAGUUUGGCAGGCCGAUUGUGCAGGGUGUGCUGAUCAAUGGACUGAUCUCUGCGGUUCUGGGUACUCAAAUGCCUGGGCCUGGAAGCAUCUUCCUCUCUCAGGAAAUCCGCUUCCCAGCACCCCUGUACCCUGGGGAGGCAGUGCUAGCAACAGCGGAGGUCACACAUAUCAGGAGAUCCUUCGCCUGGAUUUCUGUUUCAUGUUCAGUAAAAGACAAAAUUGUUAUGGAAGGAGUGGUAAAGGUAAUGGUGCCGGGUGUUAAACAGAGUUAGACAGAAGCUAGCAAUGAAGUCAGACUGAAGGCAAUCUGAACGCAGUGAUCCUUCACAACACCUGGCAAUCUGAACGCAAUGAUCCUUCACAACAUCUGCAGUCUGAACAAAGGUAGUAACAAGCAGCAAAAUAGCAACACUUAAUUAUAUUCCAAAUUAGUUUUUUAAAUAACAUUGACGGUUUUAUUUUCCUUGCACAAAAAGAAUGAAUUUUGAUCAUUCAAUAUGAACUGUAUUUGUAAGAUAAGUACCAGUACCGUUGGAGUGAUGGUGGCUGUGAAUUUUGCCCUAGAUUAGUUUUCAUAGAAAAUGUAAUACUAUAAGAAAAUUACAAUUCUUUGACAAACAAUUUACCUAGAAGCCAAUUAAGACAUUAAGAAAAUCUGCUAGUGAAAAAGUUUGUCAACAGAUUUUAUCAAGAUUCUUCUGGUAUUACUACAGCUUGCCUGUGCUUACACUUGCUGAACGUUGAGUGGAAAAUGUGUUCAACUUAAUGAUGUGUCCAAUAAUAAAACAAUAAGUAGAAUUUCAAUUGGAAAUCAUGUGGAUUGUAUUAUUUUAUACAAACACUGUUAUCAGUCCAGCACGUCCUAGGAAAGAUAACAGUCUUUUCAGGAUUUCUUAUCAAUGGAAAUGUGUUAGAAGUUGUGCAAUUUACUGAAUGCAUGAACAUGGUGAAUAAUGAAUUGGGUGCAUGUGGAUUGCUGUUCUCUAUAGCAUCUAAAGUAGCAAUCACAAAUCCAAGCAGCUGUUUCUUCACUCGUUUCACUUGGAAUGGUAAAUUAUCCUGAUCCACACCAGUGACCCUCCCGAUUGUCCGCACCUGAUUUCUGUGGAGAUCGCAAUCUGAAUUAUCGGUUUGUGCAGCGCUGUUGAAGAGGAACUGCCUGUCCGUGCAUUAAUGAGUCUGCAGAAUACAUGGUCACGUUAUGAGCUUCUCCUCCAACAUGCUGUACCUGUUUUUUCACAGUACUGACAUUUGUAAUGUGGUGAUCAUGUUCCUGGAAGGGAUUUGUACAGUAAGUUACUUGUGUACCCUGCUGUUGAAUGGGCACAUGGGAGCAAGGCGAUAAUUAAAUGAUGCCUAUUCAACUGGCACUGUGAGCUGCUUCAAUUUCCCCUGAGUUUGUAAAAAUGUGUAAUCUGGAUUAAAAU